GAUGCUACGUCACGAACGAGUUGUGACGAUAAAGCGGCUAUCCCUAUUCAGUUGAGGCGCAAAUGUCGAAGUGAACCGUCGUGAUCUCCGUGAUUCUGCUAACUCUGUACGGCAGGUAAACUCGGAGCGAGUUGCUUCAGUUACCUGUCAAUCCACUUUUCGUAGUCCAGCUCAUUACACCAGUUUCUUGAUUGUCUAUCCGCUGCACAAGCGUGCUGCAUUAAAUUUACGUGUACUACUUUGUACGUGCUCCGAAAAAUGGCAUCGUUGGCGUCUAUGUUGAGCAAGGAUGUGCCUGAUAUCGAAAAUAUACUGAACAUCAAUCCGAAGAUCAAAACGCAUACAAAUUUUGUGCCUUCGACUCGUACCAAACAGAACAAGCAACACUGGAAAAGAAACAUCCACGAGAAAUGUGACAGUUGCGUAUCUCUGACGAAGAACUUUGACGACAUCAAGCAUACUACCUUAAGCGAACGCGGAGCUUUGAAGGAAGCGGCACGUUGUUUAAAAUGUGUUGAUGCACCUUGUCAAAAAUCCUGUCCUACGCAAUUGGACAUCAAAUCUUUCAUUACUUCGAUCUCCAACAAAAAUUACUAUGGCGCAGCUAAGGCGAUUCUGUCAGACAAUCCUCUUGGUCUCACUUGUGGCAUGGUUUGUCCAACUAGUGACCUUUGCGUAGGUGGAUGUAACCUUUAUGCAACCGAGGAAGGACCUAUUAACAUUGGCGGGCUUCAACACUUUGCAGUGGAUAUUUUCAAGCAGAUGAAUAUUCCUCAGAUCAGACCCAAUCAAACAGUACCUCAUGCAAACACGAAAAUCGCUCUUCUCGGUUGUGGACCAGCGUCUCUAUCGUGCGCAACAUUUCUCGCUCGUCUCGGUUACGAUGAUAUCACGAUCUUCGAAAAAGAAAAAUAUGUUGGCGGUUUAAGUUCCUCCGAAAUACCACAAUACAGACUUCCCUAUGACGUUGUCAGUUUUGAAGUGGAGCUUGUUAAGGAUUUAGGAGUAAAGAUCGAAUUAGGAAGGUCUCUGUCGGAAGAUGAUUUGACAAUACAGGGACUUCAAGACGCUGGAUACAAAGCGAUCUUUUUAGGUAUCGGACUACCCGAACCAAAGAAUAUACCGAUCUUCGAAAAUCUUACGUCGGAAAUGGGCUUCUUUACCUCGAAGAGUUUUCUGCCCAUUGUUGCGAAGAGCAGCAAACCGGGGAUGUGUGCUUGUAAGAGUAAGCAGGAACUUCCAGCUCUUCGAGGCAACGUAAUCGUUCUUGGAGCAGGAGACACCGCUUUCGAUUGCGCCACUUCCGCUCUGAGAUGUGGUGCCAGGAAAGUCUUUGUUGUCUUCCGAAAAGGUUUUACCAAUGUGCGGGCUGUUCCAGAAGAGAUGGAUCUAGCGAAGGAAGAAAAGUGCGAGUUUAUACCUUUCCAAUCGCCGAAACGAGUCAUCCUCCGUAAUGAGAAAAUUGCAGCGAUUGAAUUUUAUAGAACCGAACAGAAUGAGAACGGCGAAUGGAUAGAAGAUGAAGAGCAGAAAGUCGUUUUGAAGGCCGAUUUUGUGAUUUCGGCUUUUGGUUCAGAACUGCACGACUCUGUUGUAAAGCGUGCCAUGGCACCGGUUAAGAUGAAUAAAUGGAACCUGCCGGAAGUGGAUGAGACCACAAUGAUGACCUCGGUAUCAGGUGUGUUUUGCGGAGGCGAUCUUGCGGGUGUUGCUCAAACAACUGUAGAAUCCGUGAAUGAUGGAAAAGUAGCUGCAUGGUACAUUCAUAAAUACAUACAGGAAUUCUAUGGUUUGACAGUGCCGGAAACUCCGCAAUUACCUAAGUUUCACACCGCUAUCGACGAUGUUGAUCUCAGCGUUGAAGUAUGCGGGAUGAAAUUCGAAAAUCCUUUCGGUCUCGCUUCCGCACCACCUUGCACCUCCAGCGCGAUGAUUCGACGAGCUUUCGAGGCCGGCUGGGCUUUCGCUAUCACAAAAACCUUCUCUUUAGACAAGGAUCUUGUCACCAACGUAUCGCCACGCAUUAUCAAAGGUACUACGUCUCGUCACCAUUAUGGACCCGAGCAAGGUAGUUUCUUGAACAUCGAGUUAAUAUCCGAGAAAACUGCCGAUUACUGGUGCGGCAGCAUCACUGAAUUGAAACGGGAUUUCCCCACAAAGAUUGUCAUUGCGAGUAUCAUGUGUACGUACAACAGGGCUGAUUGGACGGAGUUGGCGAGGAAAGCGGAAGCAGCUGGUUCUGAUGGCUUGGAAUUAAAUCUAUCUUGCCCGCAUGGUAUGGGCGAGUCCGGAAUGGGUCUGGCUUGCGGACAGGAUCCUGAACUGGUUAGAAACAUCUCUAGAUGGGUUCGGGAAGUUGUCAAAAUACCCUUUUUCAUAAAAUUGACUCCAAACAUCACUGACAUCCUUUCCAUCGCCAAGGCAGCUUACGAAGGCAAGGCCGAUGGCGUUACUGCUAUUAAUACAGUAUCAGGAUUAAUGGGAUUGCACGCUAACGCGACUCCGUGGCCGGCAGUCGGCCUUAACAAGUCCACAACAUAUGGUGGAGUGUCUGGAAACGCUACCAGACCCCAAGCCCUGAGAGCUAUCUCGACAAUCUCAAGGCACCUUCCGGGAUUCCCGAUACUCGGUACCGGCGGCGUCGACUCGGCCGACGUCGCAUUGCAGUUCUUGCAUUGCGGCGCAUCAGUUGUCCAGAUCUGUAGUGCCAUUCAGAACCAAGACUUCACAUUGAUAGACGACUACGUGACCGGCUUGAAAGCGUUAUUGUACCUGAAAAGCUUGCCGCAGGUGAAGGAUUGGGACGGUCAGAGUCCACCGACGUUUAAACAUCAGAAGGGCAAGCCUAUUUCUUUGCAACACGCCCUUGGCAAAAACGUACCGUAUUUCGGAGAGUAUCAAAGGCUGCGCGAGCAGAAGAUAGCCGAGCUGAAAACGAAUUCGAAUCCCUUGGACGAGGUUGUCAAGAUAAUGCGACCGGCUCCAGGACCAAUUGCGGAGAUUCCUACUAUCAAGGACGUGAUCGGCAACGCGCUACUUCACAUCGGUAGCUACAAAGAAUUGGACAACAAGAAACAAGUAGUUGCUCUGAUUGAUGACGACAUGUGUAUAAAUUGUGGUAAGUGUUACAUGGCUUGCGCGGAUUCUGGAUAUCAGGCGAUCGCCUUCGAUCCCGACACCCACAUUCCAACAGUGACGGAUGACUGCACUGGAUGUACACUCUGCUUAUCCGUCUGUCCGAUUAUCGACUGUAUCACUAUGGUCCCGAAAACGAUUCCGCAUGUAAUUAAAAGAGGUGUACCACCAAAAAAUGUGAUUGAAAUUUGUUGAAUGAAGGUUCUCAUCAAAAUAUAUGUAUUUGUGAUAGCGAUUUACAAUCAUUUUAUGUAUAAAUAAUUGAUAACUAAAUGAACGUUAAUAAAAUAAAAUUAAAGAAAUAAUAUUGUUUACAUGUGUGUAUGUAUAUAAAUAAUGGAAUAAAUGAUAGUGUAACAUUAUUGCAUGUAAUUGAAGGGUUUCUCUUACAAAAACCAAAUAAGUUGAAUAUUCAGGAAAUAAAAAGUGUCUCAUCUU